CAGAAAACUUAUCCGGAGGGAAAGUAUUAGAAUCGGUUUCAAAGGAGGAAAAAUCCAGGUUUUGUGCAAAGAAUUGUAAUGCAACCAGAGAGGACAUAACUUCUGUCAAUUAAGAGAAACAAUAUUGCACCCCGAAGUGUAGUCAUUGGUGAUAUUUUUACUUGUUCUGUGAAUACUUUGAUUUGUAAAUAAUAUAUUUUUUCCGUUUAUUUUGACUGAAGUGUGCUGAAAGCACUCUUGCAUUUGGAUGCGGACUGGUUUUUAGCUUUAUAAAUUGGAUAAUUUAACGCACGGGCAUUGCCUGUAAAUUGUAUUCACAUUUGGUGUUUAUCAAUUGCAAGACGAAUAUGUUUCUCAGUUUUUGCCUACUGCUGACAUUUGUCUUGGGGCUGACCGGGUCCUUUGGCUCAUAUGUACCAUGCGAGCCGUGCGACCAGAAGGCGCUCUCUAUGUGCCCCCCGGUCCCCGUCGGUUGUCAACUCGUGAAGGAGCCUGGCUGUGGUUGUUGCCUAACCUGUGCCCUAUCAGAAGGUCAGGCGUGCGGUGUUUACACCGGAACAUGCACCCAUGGCUUGCGCUGCUUGCCGCGGAAUGGAGAGGAGAAGCCCCUUCACGCGCUCCUUCAUGGCAGGGGGGUGUGCACGAACGAGAAAGGAUACAAACCCCUCCAUCCACCCAUAGAUCAUGAGUCUCUGGAACACGAGGACACCCUGACGACUGAGAUCUCGGAGGACCAACUGCAGCCCGCCAAAGUGCCGCUCCUCCCCAAGCAGGAUCUCAUCAACAGUAAGAAGAUCCAGGCAAUGCGCAAGGACAAGGAGCGCAAGCGGGCACAGGCCAAACUGCGCUCCAUUGGCCCCAUGGACUACUCCCCACUACCCAUUGACAAGCACGAGCCAGAGUUUGGUCCUUGCAGGAGGAAGCUGGAUGGGAUCAUCCAGGGAAUGAAGGACACAUCCCGUGUCAUGGCCCUGUCCCUGUACCUUCCCAACUGUGACAGGAAGGGCUUCUUCAAACGCAAACAGUGCAAGCCCUCUCGUGGCAGGAAGCGAGGCAUCUGCUGGUGUGUAGACAAGUACGGCUCGCAGGUUCCCGGCACAGACUACAGCGGGGGGGACAUCCAGUGCAAGGACCUAGAGAGCAGCAGCAUCAACGAGUGAAUAGGCGGCUCCGCCCCCACCCCGAUCACCUGACCCAGGGCCUCACCUCCUCCUUUCCCUCCCACCUGUCUGCUUCGCCCUCCAGUCACUUUUUGAGAUUUUCAAGACGAAAAAAAACAAGACAACUAAACAAAUCAAAUGAAUGAACGAAAGGACAGGCUUGAAAAAAGGACACCUGAAAUCUUUUUUAUUUUUUUGACCGUGCGCUCAUCUCUUAAAAGACAGAACCCAGCAGGUUUUAAGCCCUUGUUUGACCCUCGGGCCCCUCCCCCACUAAGAGCUGGGCUCGGGCCCCUCCCCCACUAAGAGCUGGGCUCGGGCCCCUCCCCCACUAAGAGCUGGGCUUGGGCCCUUCCCCUACUAAGAGCUGGGCUCUGGCCCCUCCCCCGCUAAGAGGUGGGAGCCUCACUAACGAUUCAUGAAAAUAUAUACUUGUAUUGAUAUAUUUUUAUAGAAACACCAAACUUUGUAUCAUUUAAAGCUAACAUAAAAUGGAUUAAAAAAUGAAUAGAAGUCACUUUGAUUAUAAACAGGACUGUUUUGAUCUUUCACAUCUAUUGCUAUUGAGGUGUCAGAUGAGAUAGCUGGACCUUCUAUUGAGGUGUCAGAUGAGAUAGCUGGACCUUCUAUUGAGGUGUCAGAGGAGAUAGCUGGACCUUCUAUUGAGGUGUCAGAGAGGAUAGCUGGACCUUCUAUUGCGGUGCCAGAGGAGAUAGCUGGACCUUCUAUUGAGAUGUCAGAGGAGGAGGAGGUAGCUGGACCUUCUAUUGAGGUGUCAGAGGAGAUAGCUGGACCUUCUAUUGAGGUGUCAGAGGAGAUAGCUGGACCUUUUAUUGAGGUGUCAGAGAAGAUAGCUGGACCUUCUAUUAAGGUGUCAGAUGACAUAGCUGGACCUGCUAUUGAGGUAAUAAUGAGGUGUCAGAGAGGAUACCUGGACCUUCUAUUGAGGUACCAGAGGAGAUAGCUGGACCUUCUAUUGCGGUGCCAGAGGAGAUCGCUGGACCUUCUAUUGAGAUGUCAGAGGAGGAGGAGGUAGCUGGACCUUCUAUUGAGGUGUCAGAGGAGAUAGCUGGGCCUUCUAUUGAGGUGUCAGAGGAGAUAGCUGGACCUUCUUUUGAGGUGUCAGAGGAGAUAGCUGGACCUUCUAUUGAGGUGUCAGAGGAGAUAGCUGGACCUUCUAUUGAGAUGUCAGAGGAGAUAGCUGUUCCUUCUAUUAAGGUGUCAGAGAAGGUAGCUGGACCUUUUAUUGAGGUGUCAGAGAGGAUACCUGGACCUUCUAUUGAGGUACCAGAGGAGAUAGCUGGACCUUCUAUUGGUGUCAGAGGAGAUAGCUGGACCUUCUAUUGAGGUGUCAGAGGACAUAGCUGGACCUUCUAUUGAGGUGUCAGAGACAAUAGCUGAACCAUCUAUUGGCAGAAAAAAAACUUGAGAGGGUCUUUCUGAUACAGUUGACUCUACCUGGUAUUUGGUUCUGUCAGAGCACUUUUGAAUAAGGGAACCUGCUUGGAUAUGUGUUACUUCACUAAUUUUGUGUGAGCAUGCAUGUAUGUGUGUGCGUGCGUGCGUGCGUGUGUGUGUGUGUGUGAAAGGGAAAGGGAGUGCGCUUAACACAAGAAUGACCUUUUUUUCCUCUCGAUCUCUCUUUUUUUUUUUUUACAACAUUUAUGGCUGGUGCUUGAAGUAGUCUUGAGGAUGGCUUUCUUCCACUAGGAUAUGUAAAACUAGGUCUAUGGGAGAUGGAGAAAGUUCGACACAAUAAUCAGAUCAUUACAGACAAACCUAUGUUAGUGGCUCAUUGACUCUGCAUCUAGCCUGACAUGCCAACUGUGCCUAUUGUUACCAUACACUGCCAUGCAGGGCAACACAGAACUUAUCGGAGAACGCUGCCCCUACUGGUGAAGGGAAAACUGCCACAAAGUGCUCAUACUGUCAUCUGAUGUGAGCUCUGCUUGGCCCAACAACCAGGACUUAAAGAAUAGUGGAAUGAACCUUACAGUCCCGCAAUAACUGACAACAGUAAUUCUUUGUUUUGCUAAAGCAUGGGCAAAAAUUGUAAGUACAAGGAUUAAGCAUGUUGCGGACUUGCAUUCACCAGUGAGGUUAGCUGUUUUUUUUUGUCUCAGUUGCUCGAGGGUGUUAGUCUUGUGUGGUUUUGUUUGUACUGUUGUGGAGUAGUAACCGCCCACUUUUGAGCCGUGUUCCUUAACCAACGGGCCUGCUACCAUGGUCACCACGGCUACAGUGGAACCUUGGUGUAUUACUUUCGACUAUAAAUUAACUCAUGUUUUCUUUUUUUAACUAAAGAAAUACAAUGUACUGUUGCUUGGGGAAAAGACAUGUGUAUUUUAGCCUGUGAACAAUUUGAAUGGUUCCAUGAUGCCUGGCCAUCCUUAUUUGAAUAUGAGACAGUCAAAAAAAUCUCUAUCCCACCUAUUUUCUUCCCCCUCGGCUUGCAUGCCGCCCCCCCCCGACAACUUGUUUUCUAUACAACACAACAUUACUUGCAUUCAAAAUGGUGAGCAGUUUUCCUUUUAUUUUUAUUAUUAUCAUUAUUAUUAUACCGUUAUUUCAACAAGGAACACAGACUGAGACCAAGGACUCUGUUACAGCUGGGCCCUGCGUAUACAUGUUUACACAUACAGUUUAAGUACAAUGAUUAAGAAUCUACACAAGACAAACUAAACGAUCACAGAUAACACAAAAUACAGCAGCAGAUUGUUACAUUUAACAGGUUAUUCCCCUAACAGCACAAGAACUUGCAUUACCCAAAACAGUUACAAGCAACACAAAAGGGAAUAACUCUUCUGCUCAAGUGGGCUUCUUUGACCACUACCUGCAGGGUCAGUUGAAAUUGUACUUUUAUGACGUCUGUGUGCAAGUCGCAGUGCCUUCUUACAUGCAUAUCCAUAUUUAAAUAGUGACGCGUGACGUGGUAGCUAUCUAAGGGACGGAAACCCUGCUGAGGCUGAGAGGCCCUCAGGGUAGUAGUUCUCUAGCUGACAUGACGAGAGGUCUAGGUAAAGUACAAAGAAGGUGCGAUGUGGUAUAGCUCUAGUCAUGUGGUAUAGCUCUAGUCAUGUGGUUUAGCUCUAGUCAUGUGGUAUAGCUCUAGUCAUGUGGUAUAGCUCUAGUCAUGUGGUAUAGCUCUAGUCAUGUGAUAUAGCUCUAGUCAUGUGGUAUAGCUCUAGUCAUGUGGUAUAGCUCUAGUCAUGUGGUAUAGCUCUAGUCAUGUGAUAUAGCUCUAGUCAUGUGGUAUAGCUCUAGUCAUGUGGUAUAGCUCUAGUCAUGUGGUAUAGCUCUAGUCAUGUGGUAUAGCUCUAGUCAUGUGAUAUAGCUCUAGUCAUGUGGUAUAGCUCUAGUCAUGUGAUAUAGCUCUAGUCAUGUGGUAUAGCUCUAGUCAUGUGAUAUAGCUCUAGUCAUGUGAUAUAGCUCUAGUCAUGUGAUAUAGCUCUAGUCAUGUGGUAUAGCUCUAGUCAUGUGAUAUAGCUCUAGUCAUGUGGUAUAGCUCUUGCCACAAACACAUUGUGAAUCUGUUGCUAAUCCCUCCCUGUGUUUGAGUGUGAUGGCAAAGAAGACAAGAGCGCCCGUCUCUGUCUCUUAUUUUCAAAAAGCACUAAAAACGCUAGAGUAUUGCUUUCAAAGUUGACUGCUAAUGUAUUUGAUUGCCAGAGAAUAGGCAGGUGAUGUUAGAAUUUCGAGGCACAUCAUAGUUGAUCACACAGACUAGAAAACUACUGCCUCUCUCAGUAGUCGGAGAAGAGAUGGACGAGGCAUUACUAGCCAUCAGAUCCUAUUCCACAGCUUGUGUGGCUGGUCGUAAUUACUCUAGCCAGGCCAUCAACAGACAACAAGUUAGGGAGCUUGUACUCCAACCUCAAUUAAGUCUGUAGUCCAAUAAUGAUGUGAAAUUAUCAGUUUUUUUGUAAUACAAAUGUGUUGAAUAGGAUACUGUUGUUUUUAAUGGCUCAUAAAUGAGAUGCUGUAACAUCAAAAAUGGAUUGGUCAAAAUGUCAGGCCUAUAGCUUUAUAGCCUCAGUUAAUUUGAGAGAGAAUUUGUGGGAAAAAUAAGUUACUAUACCCUGCUACCCUUCACAUCCAAAAUGUCUUCUUAAAUGGAAAUGAACUCCUCCGCCUUUUGGUAAACCCCAGAUAAACUAGCAGCGUAGUACCCUUCCCCACCUCCACCCAGUCCACAUUGAAAGAAAGCAGCUUGCCACUUAUUGAUAACACAGAUUACAUACAGUAAAACUGCCACUUGGGUAGAAAAACAAAACAAGCUAAUCAUGUAGUGUGAUACAGGUUAAGGGUGUCUGCAAGGUCUCCUGGGUCAUGGUUGACGGGGGCUUAUGUGGUCCAUGCCUGGGAAUUCUAUCACCAACGUCCAAUAAGAAUGGAGGGAUAGUAACACACCGUACAGUACAUUAACAACCACACAACAGUCCCACUUUCAUAUGUCUGCUCUCACACACAGACAGAGACAGACUGAGAGAGAGAGAGAAAAAACCAUGGACAGGGGCCGCAUUUAGGGGCUAGCCACACCCUCAUCACAGAGGGCUCACCAAUCGCAUGACAGUAGACACAGUUAGGAACAGACACAAGGAGACCAGGGAAAUCUGAGGAAUAGGAACACAGCAAGGAGUUUAGAUGUUGACUCCUUCUCCAGCUUCCAUUUGAGCACCAGACCAUCAGAGGCCUAUUGAAGCAGUUGGCCAGCCAUAUGGUGUAGUCUAACGGGGCGUUUUCUAAAUCAAGAUUUGUCUCUUGGGUCAAAGAAAAUGUGGAUAAGGGCAUUGAAUCCUUUGGCAUCAAAUUAACCAAUUGACACUAUUCAACCAAGCUAUGAAUUGUUGAAAUUUUCUUUGUGGUAUGGUGGUAGAUUGAGGUGUUGGAGAGGUUGUAUUGAAAGCUUAUCCUCCUUUUAAAAGUGUAAUUUACAUCUGUUUCCAACUCGUAACACUGCCUUAUUCAGAUUCCUCGUCUCACACCUGGUUAUGUACUCAUACUCACAGUUCAUGAUACAAUAGUAAGUAACUACAGCAUUUAUUUUUAUGCAUAAUGUUUUUAUUGAUGAAAUGAGACAAAUUCAAUCAGUUACCUUAAUAACAUGUGGUGUUAACUGGCUUGUGAUUAAAAUAUCCAUUGGUGCCAGAGGACAGUGACGUAAAAUGGUCAGCAUUUGCAACUCCUCGUGAAACAACAACAAUAAUAAGAAGAAAAGACAAAAAAAUCUCAAACUAUUAAAGUGAAUAUCACUGUGUAAUAUUUAUUCAACUUGUAAUUUAUGUACUCUUUUAACCUUUGUCUUUUUUUGUUAUGACAAAGCAUUUUAUUUAAAUAAAGUGAUGUAAUUCAUUUAAA